ACACAUCAGUCGUUUUUAGUUCUAUGGAAAGUGUCAAGUGUAACUGCUUCGAGACAAUUCUCCGGUAAACAUGCAAAGUGCGCGUAUAUAUUGUACACCGGAGUGUAAUUUUUCAAACAUUUAAUAAGUUUUCUAAUAUUUUUAGAACAAUAAAAUUUUAUUUUAUUUUAAAAGAAAAAAUCAACUUGUAUAUUGAAAUUAUACUUGUACUUUUUUAAAGAACGAUUUGUAAUAUACAUUAUUAAAUUAAUUUAUAAUAUAAAUAAUUCAGUGAAUGAUUGCAGUUUAGUACACACAGUAAGCAUUAAAUGAUCGUCUCACAGUAAGCUAAUACCAUAAGAGCAUUUUAAGUUGGAAAUAUACAUAAAAAUAUAAAUAAGUACAAAUAAGUGUUACAGUAUAUUCAUUCAUAUUAAGUUCAGCUUAUACAUAAUCUACUGUAAUCUUUCAUUGUAAACUAAUAGUAAUCUCUAACGACAAUCAAACACGUGAUAAGUUACGAGAAAAGCACUACAUAUAAAAUCAACUUAAUUGAUAAACAAUGAGUAACAAUUUUUACACAUCUCUUGCACAAUUUUUUAAAAAUCAAGUUCGUGUCAUUUGGGAACGUUGCUCUAAAAAACAAAACUAUGUUUUUGCUGCAAAAAAAGAAGUAAAGAUUGAAUCAGCUAUAAAUACAUCUCAUGCGACAGUGAAUUCUUUGUGCUCAAUUCGUCAAAUGCCAGAGGAUCCAAUAAUUUCUGUUUUAAGCAAAAUUCGUUUUCUCAUUGCUUCAAGAUGGGGAACAAAACUUCACGAAUAUGUCGAUCAACGUCAUAAAAACUUGGGCCCUAUUUAUAGGAGUAACUCAGGUUCUACAUCGAUAGUUUUUAUUAAUUCUUCUGAAGAAUACAGAAAAAUUUUUCUGGAAUUGGAAGGACCAACACCAAAACACUUCAUACCAGAAGCAUGGAUUCUUUAUAACAAUGACCAUUCAAAGAAUCUACGCGGCCUUUUCUUCAUGGAUGGAGAUGAGUGGCAACAUUUUCGAAAAAUACUGAAUAAGGUUCUUCUUAAAAGUAAUUCUACUGAUUACAUGAUAGAUCCGUGUAAUACAGUUGCAAGAGAUCUGGUGAAUACUUUGUAUCCAUAUGCAAAUAAUGGACAUGUUGUGCCGAAUUUGAAAUUACAAAUUUACAAUUAUUCUCUUCAAGCAAUACUGGCGACUCUAAUCGGUUCUGGAUGGUCCUAUCAUAAAAAACAAAUAUUAAUGGAAACAGGUCAAUUAUCCAUUUUCUUGCAUAAAAUAUUUCUAUAUUCCAGUCGAUUGAAUGUGAUUUCGGCAUCAAAUGCAAAAGCAAAAAAUUUGUUUUGGUGGCGGCAAUUCGUUAAUGUCGUAGAUGAUACUCUGGCUACUGUUAAGAAGACAGUACUUCUGUUAAUAAAGCUGAAUGGAGAUGGGUUACUUCAUCAAAUGAUGAGUGUGGGAAUUAAAUCUGAUGAUCUUAUAAGAAUUGUUGCCGAUUUAAUAAUAGCAGCUGGAGACACGUCAACAGCUACUACGCAAUGGGCUUUGUAUUUACUUAGCACUCACAUGGAAACACAAGAAAAACUUUAUGAAAGGCUUAAAGAUAAAGACGGGAAAGAAAUAAUUUCUGACACUUUUUUGAAAGGAGUUUUAAAGGAAACUUUGCGACUUUACCCAACAGCUCCAUUUCUCACCCGAUAUUUACCUAAAGAUGCCAUUAUUGGAGGUUAUUAUGUUUCUAAACAGGAAGUCCUUUUAAUGAGCUUGUAUUCAAGUGGCAGAAGCUGUACCAACUUUACAGAACCAGAUAAGUUUUUACCGGAAAGAUGGAUGCGAUUAGAGAAACGUGGUUCUGAUAUUGUUCAUAAUCCAGGUGCGACUAUACCGUUUGCCAUUGGAGUUCGCAGUUGCAUUGGCAAAAAAUUAGCAGAAGUCAAAAUAAAUUUAGUCUUAGCUCAGAUCAUAAAAAACUUUCAUGUGGAAUGUGCAAACAGGCGACCAGUGAAGAUGAUUUUGCAAAUGAUUGCUGAAACUUCUAAACCUAUACAACUGAAACUAACGCCACGAUGAUAGAUUAUGUCAUACAUUCAGUAAAUAUAUGUAAUUUAAAAUAAAUUUUGAAAAUCAAAA